CUGUAGGAGAAUAUAAGUGCGUUGAAAAAGUGAUUUUCAACUAAAUAACGUGCUUUACUCUUACGACACCACAUUAAUUAGCAAAGAAAAUAAUACAUCAAUGGCCAGUCGAAUCAACGAGAAUCAGUUCAAACAAACGAUUUAGUUUACCAACAUAAUCCACGGCCGCUAUUCCGUAUUAUUUAUAGGAUUUAAAAUGUCAGUAACUAUUUACUUUAUAACAAAUUGCAUUACAAAGGUAUUGGACAAACGAGUUUCGACGUCAAACUCUGCCGCGCAAUGUGGUUUGUUUUGUUACUCCGGUAGGAUGAGUUCGUUCGAUAGUAAUUAUUUUUUCAUUAGUCUGUAAACAUUUUUGUAAUUAAAGACAUAUGAUAAAACUGAACAUGCUCAUCUUAGCUGAAAAUCUUUCCCAUUAGAACCUUCGUUGGCAGUUCAAGGAAUAUAUAAAAACCCCUAUAUAUAAACUAUCGUCUCAAAAUUAACAAUCGUUGAUGUCGCGCCUACUAUCAGUGGUUAAAAAGUUCAGAUAAUAGUGAAAAGGAGUUAGACUCAAUAGGCCUAUAACUAAGUGGUCCUUAGCCGUGCUCAGUGUAAAGUUGGCUUCUUACGUAAAUGACUUGUAUUCUUCAUGGUUAGAGUACUUUUUAGUGUUUCCUCUAAAAUACUGCGAGAAGCCAAAACCACAAUUUUCAAAAUUUAAGGAUUCUGAAUAUGCAGCCACCUCUCAAAGGACCAAUUCGUUUGGAAUCUCAGUAAUACAUGCUUUUCAUUUUAUUUAUUUGAACACAAAUAUUGGUACAAAUGGUCACCGAAUUCAUAUGUCCCACACAAGUCACUUGAUUUAUGUGUUGGCUUUAGUACUACCCGGGUGCCAAAAUAGAAGCAGGUGGUUUUCCUAGGGGGCAACCCCCGGAGCCUUCGACCUGAAGGUCUGAUUCACAAGGCACUGGAGCAACGUCAUAAGAUGUUGUCACAUGGUAGCCGUUGACCAACGAUUGGUCCAUACUCCAUUUGUUCCUUCAGAAUCUUCGUGCUCAUGUGCACCAUUGGUUUGGAAUCAGGGUUUUCCAACUCCCGUAGGUCGACUCUCCGUGUUCACCAAACCGUUUAAAAAGCCGGACAUUCGUUUUUCGUCCUCUCAGUUUCGUAAACAACAGCAAUGCCUCGAGCAGGCACUGAGUAGGACUUCCGUGUCAGUGGUUGUAUGCACGUGGCCAUGUGAUAGUACCUGUAGAGGGAGAGUCGACUCUCCCCACCCUCGGGCGUACCAGGGCGCUUGUCAUUACAAUCUUGAUAUUUAAUAUAAGUGCACAAAAAACACUAACAAACGGAGGCUUAGCAUACAUGAGUAGUUUUUAUCCACGUCAAUAAACCACGGAGACACUUGAGAGGGGAAGAAAGUGGGAAUGAGAUGGUUUUGUUGUCUGAAAUAGGUAAUUGUUGUAAGCGAGAUAAAUCAGUGUCCAACAAAUUAUACAUAGGAGCAGAAGGGUUCUAUGCCAAAACGACUGGUUUUCUGUCCUGAUUCAUAAAAUCAUCUUUCCACUUGAUAAGUUGCUCAUCAUCCACUUAUAGCUCUUAACCCUCCAGCGUUAAUAAGCUUCCAUAUUUUACUAUCGUUUUAAAACUUUUAUAUCUAUGUACCUUAUCUAUACCUUAGUGGUACAUCCAAACAUAAAUACAGUUUUCGUUGUUUCUGCGUUACAUUUUUUAUCUGGAAUUCUUAUGUCCUAUCAUGUUUUUCUGUCCGAAUGAUCUGUUUCAUUAAAAAUCCUCUCAAAUCUAACACAUUUAUCAUCUAAGUGCCACCUUUAUCUGCGCUUAGAUCGAGUGUAUCAUUUUACAACUGCUCGUACUGUUGUGUUGAAACUCAAAAAUAAUCCAAUCUUUCUGGGUAUCUAAAUAUUUGGUAUACAUACUUUUGGCAGUUCGACUUAACUUGCGUGUAUCUCGGUAACCAAUAGGAAUAAAUUAACGUACAUAUUAGCAAUUACGGGUCUUUUUCAUCCAAAUUUUACAGGUCUAAUGAACCCAUAUGGAAACAUCAUUGAGGGGAUUGGAAAUGAAUUACUUUUUGUCAUCAGUUGUAUGGGGACGAUUUUGUUUCUUAUUGCGGCUUGGAUCUCUACAAGGGUUAACUGGGAGUUGAUGCCUGUUAGAAUAACCUUGCUCCGCCAUCCUCACAGAAACCAUGAUACUGAAACAGAAACGACAAAUGCACCAGGAACUGUAGAACCUGAAAACAUCGACUCAUCGGGUAAUAUUUCCUCAGAAACUUCGGGUUCUAGUUCCGAGGAUGAAAUCGAUUCCGAUACAUGCAUUCACAAACGUUCAUCUGUUCAGACUUCAAUCACUUCAAAUGAUCAAAGAAAUUCAUCUUCAUCCGAUGAGGAAUCGAAAACGAGUAGAACAAAAGAAAAAGGACAAAUUAAUUCUACAUCUUGUUUUAAUGGACAUUUAGUCAUAAAAUUGCAAUAUCUUAAUGAAGAAUCACGUUUUGUACAUGCAUCUCCCACUAUGUCUGUUAAUCGUUUUAAGAAGAAGCACUUUGUAGAUGAAUUAAUCAAUCAGAAAAAGAACGUCAGGCUUAUCUUUCAAGGCCGAGAGUUACUGGAUGUUUUACAAAAUGAAGCAAAUUUUCAUAGUAGUGGAAGACCAAAACGUCAAAGAUUAUGUGACUAUGGUAUAACUGAUGGCUCAACAAUUCACUGUCUUGUUACAACUCCUGUUGUAUCAUCACCUACCAGGUCAUCCUCGGUAAACGAUUCCGGAAACACAGGACGUAAUUUCGCUUUCCCAAGUUCUUCCAGCGAUUCAAUGUUAACUGAGUUUGAUAUAGGUACUAGGCUUAUGAAACCACUUUUCGCUUUCCUCCUACUUUUCACUUGGUUUUUUAGGAUUGUCUAUAGACAAUAUUUUAAUUCAGUGUCUACGUUUGCUUUAGUAACAUUAACAGUGUUCUUUUGUGGAGCCGUAUUUACUGCUACUCUUGUGAAUGCUGUCUCGACAAUAGCUUCAUUAUUUGGUUUUCCAAGCAGUAAUGAACUGUCAAAUCAACAAUCAGAAAAUCCAACCAACCAACCUAACUCACCCGAUGUACAAGUUUUAACUGUAACUAUGGUUGCACGUCGUAUUCCACCUCAAACACCUAUAAACCAAACAAACAGUACUUCAUUUUUUCUGGAGGAAUCAGCCCAUAGUCAUCAAAUUAUUGUUGAUGAGCCCAAUAAUGAUUCUCAAGCAAGAACAGACUAACUGCUGAGAUAUCUUUACCUGUGUUUAUUUUAUUUUAUCAUUGUAUUCUUUGGUUCACUUUAGAUGUUUGUUAUAAGUUACUAAAUGUGUAUUUCUCUCCUGCUUUUUAAGCAGAAGUUGCCAUUCUUGUACAUAUGAUUCAGUUUGUCCUGAUUUCCUACUUAAUUAGAUGCAUUCAAUCGAUAGACCUUAAUACUUAUUUGUUUAUACAAUAAGUGCAGAGUGAAACUUAGUUCACCUUAUGCAAUAAGUCAUGUUAUACUAUGUUCUAAAGUUUAGUAAUAAUGUUUAAAACUUAUGGUUGGUAUUUUAUGCGAAAAUGAUUUAGGACCUUCCGAACUAAAUAAACCGCUUAAAGUGACUCAUUUUGGAUAUGAAACUUGCGUAUUGUGCUGUAAGUUUUAGAUUACUGAUUAUAAAAGUUUGCGAAGUCAUCUUUUUGAUGAAAACUUGUACCAAAAAGUAACGGUGAGAUAAAACAUUCGGAGGCGGGAAUAAUUGUCUUUCUAGAAAAACAAAUAUUUUAUGUUCUCUAGACUCUGAAAUCUAUGUGAAUUGCAUAGAUGACAUAACUUCGCAGUUAACUGAGGAAGGUAUAUUUCAGUGACUCAGUAAAUUCACCGACUGAUUUCUGUGUUACAGAAAAUUUAGAUUGGUUGGCUUGCUCAAAUUUGACCAUGACCUUAUCUCCUGUUUCUGAGCUUCUAUUCUCAGAUCACUAAGAUAUUUGUUAUACUAUAUGACGAUUAUUUUCACUCGUUGAAUAAGGAUGUGAAGCCUUAUGUCCUUUAUUCACUACAGUUAUAAGAAAAGGCUUGAGAACUAGUGUAUCCUUUCGGGGUUUGUAUGACUAUAAAAAUAACCUUGCGAUUUAAGUCUUUUGAGGUAUAUCGACAUCAGAACCCAUAUUUAUUUUGUUCAGCCUUAAACAGCGGGAAGAGCGGAUAUAGUUAUGCAGGAGUUACAUUUGUCGGAUCUAAAAUACUGUUAAGAUAAUACCUUUAGGCGUUAAAUUUUCUGCUGGCUUGCAAUUUCAAAUAAUUAUCCCUUGUUAGUCACUCAGACCGAGACUGAUUAGAUACUUUGUGGUAGACUAGCUUGUAUUCUUCUGUUUUUUGCCUUGGGAUAUCUCAGACAAGUCGAUUUUGUGUGCAAAUUUCCGCUUAAUUAGGGUUUAAUACCAGGCUGUAAGUUAAACCUUUGGUAAAUGAGUGUUAUUCUACACUGAAGAUUGAAGCUAACCGAAACAUAAAGGACUUAAAGGUGGAAAUAAUUAAUAUGAUAAUGGAAAAUAUGUCCAAACAGUCCGAAGGAUCCACCUGUAUUGCUCGAUAUAUCUACCCCUACCAUCAGUACCUUAAAGUCACAAUUAUCACUUGGAAUUUAAAAAUCGAAAGGGUAGUGAGUUUUUUCAUACUGCACUGAAAACUGCAAAGCAGGAACCGACGAAAUGCACACUGUUUAAAUCUGUCAGCGGGUUGUAUAAAUUUUGUUAUAUCUAACAGGAAUUCUUUUGGACGUUAUGGCCAUUAUGAGUAGAGGAUAUUCGUACUUUGCUGGUAUUGGGUCAUAGGUGUCCACGAAACAUUACUCAUGUAUCUUGGGACCAGGAAGUAAGCAGUGCCUGAGUUAAGAAUAGAGUACUAGGUGAAGAUGAAGAAUCGAUUGAUAAGAUAGUAAAUCUUGAUCAAUUGAUGUAGUUGGGAUAUGUGUUAUGCAUGACCAACCACUGCCUUCCUCAACGGGCGAUGUCUUUAGGUGCAGAGGCAGACUGAACUUAGCCAUGUUAAUAGAUGUAGACUAUCUCGUUGGGGUCCACGUGAUUAUCGUUACCAAUGGUUAGAAACUGAAUGACAUGGUUCAAAAUUGUUUGCAAUGGCGCAAGUGCAUUCACUUUCUGUCUUCCGCCACAUCCUGAAAUUUUAAAUUGCUCAUAACUUUCUUCUAUUUUUAUUUCACUAGUUUGUUUUUUCUUCUCUAACCAUAUCUUUGAUGCUUAACUUUUUAAAUUACCACCGAAACUGUUAUUAUUUCUACUAUCUUGGGGUUUCCCCUGACAUCUCUGUGCUAAUGGGGUAUAACAACAUGAAGCAGUGUACAUAAGUGCAGAUUCUACGUUAUGACUAUGUAGUUUAUUUAUUUUUCUUCAUUCCAUUGUAAACGAUUUGUCUGUUGACUGUUUGGAAUCUAUUCAUUAUUACACUUUGUUCUGUAGUAAUAACUUCUAUUGUCUAUAUUUCCAAGUUCUGACCUACUUUGAAUGUUGAAACAUUAGUUUAUCGUACCAUACUCUCUUCGUUGUUGUUACCAAUAAGUCUCCUACUAAAUUCCUAAUAAUACUUGUAAACUAUUAGUUGUUCAGUUACAGAUUCUUCUGUUCUAAUGUAUCGAUUGGGAGGCUUUUGCUUAUGUGAAGUUGCUAAAUGUUACGGGAAUUCUUUACCAACUUACUACUUUUUUUAUUCAUCUCUUAGCAUCGAACAUUUUCUGUAAUAUAUAUCUGUAUUCAUGCAUUACAUCUUACUCAUAAUAUAUACAAGAGUUUGUUGGCAGAUGGCCUUUUUGUUGAUUUAUUCCAACACUAUUUUAUUAAAUUAUAUAUUUUUGUAUGCAUCACAGGGUAUUAUUAAUCGAUGCCUCAGGGUGGAGUCCAAAGGUAGGAACUUAACAAACAAAAGUGAAUAGAUCCUCUAGUUUCGAGACAGACAAUUCAUGUUCUUCGGAUAUUGUAGUACCAUGAGACAAUUCGAAGAUCCAUUAGGAUCGGAAAUUGGUAGAAAUUCUGAACCGCUGUCGUACAUAUAACCGAGUAGGUAUCUAGUAUUCCUACGAACUAAUGAUUUUUCUAUACUUGGUUGCCCGCUGAUUACGAAUUCGAAAUAUAAUACGUUCAUUUGUGCUUAUCUAGUUCUACUUGCUGUAAAUUGCACGAUUUCGGGCAUUCCUAGUUGGUACAUGAAUUCGAAUACUCCUAGUCAUCAUGGCAUCACGGGCAGAUUUCACUGGUCUGCUCUUGUCCCAAGAACGAGCCUAUUUCGAAAAUGAAGAGUUCCAGGCUAACGUCGAAAUCCCAUUAUCGUCUUCUCUGUCGCGGCUGUCAGGGUUUCCUGCUAUUCAAGAACAAUUGAUGAACGAAUGCAAUUUUGACAGUAUAGAUAUAUUCAGUACAAAAACGACAAGCACAUGGAAUUACCACUACUGUUUGGCUGAGUCAUGUAGUCUAGAUAGUGUUUUCGUAUUUCGCCUUCUUGACCCCCAACUAUUCAACUUGCAGUGGUAGAUCUAGGGCAGAGCAAUGCUAUAUUCUGGAUGUUAGGUUUCAGUGUUUUAUCACUGACAUUCUUAUUCUCGAUAGAAACCGUCCAAGUAUAAUUCAGUCUCGAAUCAUAUGGGGUCAUAAUGCGUCUUAAGUUAUCUAACGAAUGAUAAGAAUCCUCUGGGUAUUAAUAAACUCAAAGAUAAGCCAGAAAAAGAUGCGAGCAUCUGGUUGGUAAUUCUAACGUGAAAAGGACCUCGAUUUUCUAGAUUCACCAUCGAUAUGCGUCAUAUAAGAUUUGACGCACUGGCCAUUCGAUUGUAAAAUGAAGUCCAAUUAUGAUAAUAAAGAGUGAUAUAGAAUGAAUUUAUUUUACAAAAUCAU